CCCGGUUCGGCUUGUACUAGAUCUCGCGUUCCGACGGGGCUUCCCGUUGUUUUGUAUCUCCUCGUCGGACCCAGCGUUCCAGUCGAGCAUGGCUUCGAUUCCGCCUCCGUCUUCCUCCGUCGCUGCCCUCACCCGCCAACCGGCCCAGUUCUUGAAAUGGUGCAGUGUAUCCAAGGAGACAAAGGCAUCGGUCUGCAGUUUCUUGGCUACAAAUUCAAACAGCACUAGGGUGAAAUCAGUGGGCUUGAGAGUAGCAUUAUCCUUCAAAAAUGAUGGUGGUUAUCCAGCUGACGGUUUCUCUGGGAAUGGCAACACGCUAUUGCCAAAAAGCACAUCCGUUCGUGGCGAGGACCAUCCGGUUGCUGAUCCUGUACUCCCAAUGGAUUCAAUGAUGACGCCAGAAAUCCUCUCUGCUAAUUUGGCACUUGUUAUGGACAAGUUCUCAGAUGAUGACACAGAUACUGAACUUGAUUUGGAUAGCCCGACAGAGGGCUUCGCGUCGAUUCCAGAUGCCAUUGAGGACGUACGGCAAGGAAAACUUGUGAUUGUUGUUGAUGACGAAUCAAGGGAAAAUGAAGGAGAUCUGAUAAUGGCUGCCUCCUUGGUUACCCCAGAGGCGAUGGCUUUUAUAGUAAGGCAUGGAACAGGAAUUGUUUGUGUCAGCAUGAAAGAAGAUGAUCUGGAAAGACUGAGCCUUCCUUUGAUGGUUACCACAAAAGAAAACGAGGAGAAGCUAUGCACUGCUUUUACUGUUACAGUGGAUGCAAAAGAGGGCACAACUACUGGAGUAUCUGCCAAAGACAGGGCAAAAACAGUUAUGACUCUUGCAUCUCCUGACUCUAGGCCUGAGGACUUCAACCGCCCUGGUCAUAUUUUCCCUUUGAAAUACAGAGAAGGGGGUGUUCUGAAACGAGCUGGACACACAGAGGCAUCGGUUGACCUUGCCAUGCUGGCUGGAUUACCUCCUGUUGCUGUCCUUUGUGAGAUUGUGGAUGAUGCAGAUGGUUCCAUGGCUCGCCUGCCAAAGUUGCGUGUCUUUGCUGAAAGGGAAAAUUUGAAGAUUAUAUCUAUUGCUGACUUGAUUAGGUAUAGGAGGAAAAGAGACAGGCUAGUUGAACGUGCUUCUGUUGCACGCUUGCCUUCGCAAUGGGGCAAUGGCCAUGGAUAUUGCUACAGAUCUGCUAUUGAUGGCAUCGAGCAUCUUGCCAUGGUGAAAGGUGAUAUUGGUGACGGCCAAGACAUUUUGGUGAGGGUGCACUCUGAGUGCCUCACAGGCGACAUUUUUAGAUCCGCAAGAUGCGAUUGCGGUGACCAGCUUGCAAUGGCAAUUGAGAUGAUUGAGAAGGCCGGAAGAGGCGUAAUAGUUUAUCUCCGUGGACACGAAGGACGGGGUAUCGGUCUGGGCCACAAGCUUCGUGCUUAUAACUUGCAGGAUGAUGGGCGUGAUACUGUGGAAGCUAAUGAAGAACUUGGUCUUCCUGUGGACUCACGAGAAUAUGGGAUUGGCGCACAGAUACUACGGGACCUAGGAGUCCGUUCGAUGAAGCUGAUGACUAAUAGCCCUGCGAAAUAUAGUGGUCUGAAAGGUUAUGGACUGAGCAUUGCGGGCAGGGUGCCCUUGGUUACGCCAAUUACCAGCGAGAACCGUAAGUACCUCGAGACCAAAAGAACAAAGAUGGGGCAUGUAUAUGGAUUGGCUAAUGCGCAGGUUAACCAGCCAAGUGGUAGCCAGAGCACAGAAGAGAAGCAUUGAGCCCAAAAAAGUGAUGCAUUCUUCUUUUUGGGAGUUCCUGAAAUCUUCUCCCUCGAUAUUUCCAUAUAUUCUUUUUUUUCUAUAUUUCCAUAUAUUCUUUCUUUCACAUAGAAGGCCGUUUUGUUCUUCAACUGUAGCUGUAGGUUUCAAGAUGGUUAAUGAGCUUAAUAAAAGCAAGUUUAAUAAUAUAAGCAACUGUUCUUGUAAUGAGCUUUACAGUCUGUCUUAGCCGAUAUGUAUAAUGGUUAGCCUUUACAAUGAAUAUAUGGUCAACUGUUUUUCUCACAAAAUUUAAAGUCUAUCUUAAUGGCCGAUAUGCAUAAGAGCAAGUUAAAUAAUAUGGUCAAUUGUUAGUUUAUAGCAAGUUUAAUAAUAUCAACAUUUAGCCGGUGUAUAACUAGCUAUUAUACUAAGGCGGUCUCCAGCAGUUAUCCUAUCUAAUCCUCUAUCAGUUAUCCUAUCUAAUCCUCUAUCUUAUCCUCCAUUUCAAACUUAACUCUGAAAACAAUGUUAUCUACAGUAUAAAUCAACUAUUUUACACGAUCUGCUAGGUGUUAAGCUUUGUUGCUUGGUGUGGUUGUUCGAUAGAGUUGUGAUCGGAUGGUGUGGCUUUUCAAUGUCGUUUCCUAUACCCGCUUUCAUAUCGAGUAUCGUGUAUCUAUUGCUAUCUCUAGGUAUGAUAUAGCAUUGUAGCAUGUCUUGGCGUGUAGUGGUGCAACCAAAGUUGUGCGCAGCAGAGUAGGUUUGCUCCAUUGUGCAUUGCUUUUAGGUUCGAAUCCAUUAAAAAUGCUCCCUUGUGCAUUGAUUUUAGGUUCGAAUCCAUUAAAAAACUGAUUGUGACACAUCAUUUUUUAUUUCUUUUUCUAAAAACCAUGGCAAAACAUUUAUGGUCAUUUCAAAAAUAAUGAAAUGUGCCCUUUCUUUUUCUUAUUUCCACCUAUGUAAUCCUUUGCUACCAAUCACAUUAUCACUCUGAAUACAUAUAAACUACCGCGACUCUAGCACGUAAUAAUGAAGGUCCUGUUUGUUUCCUUCCAGGAUUACAUAAUUCGGCCUAUGGAUUAUAUAAGCACCUAAUGAUCUGCUUAUGGAUUAUCAUAAUCUAGAUAUCUCGAUUAUGUAAUACACCUAAUAAUUAUUUGUUUGUCUCUUAACUUAUUUAAGCCGGAUUAUACUUCCUCUGUUCGCUUAACUUGGUCAUUUUAGCCUGAUUGAUUUGUCCAGUGAAUUUGAUGCUCCCGCAGCCCAAAUACUGUGUCCCAUCCGUGAACAUGGAAGAGCCACCGAAGACGGAGAGGAACUUGUCAAGCAAGGAUACAUACCCGACUUGGGCAUUUUGGUCUUCAGUUGCGGUCGUUGCACGAGCUGCUAGAGGUGUUUGUCAUCGUUGUAACAUCAGCGUGGUCCAACAUCUUCCGUAUGUUCGCAAACAUUCCUCCAAGCCAUGAAGAGGUGCUUUGUUGAUCAAUCUAGAUGAGGAGGACGAGGUCAACUUUGUGAAGGUACAAAUGGAGAAUGUAACACCCCUGGUGUUAUGUGAACUAAAACAUUGGCAUGCCAUCAUAUGUACUGGCAUUAUA